AGCCGCAGUGGCACAGAAACCAAACAAAGACAUAAGCCAAGCCAGUCCUCGGAUGGACCUCGGUGUGGAUCUGACUCCAGCCCACAGGAGGAGCGGGAGUUCCACAGGAGGAACGGGAGUUCCACAGCCUCGCGUUGAUUGGCUCUCACGAGACAGAACUCCAUUUUAGAACAAACAGCUGUUUGAAGACCUUUCUCCCGUCGUCUGCCCUGACAGAGAGAGAGAGAGGAGGAGGAGGAGAGAGGAGGGGGAGAGAGAGGAGGAAAUCUCCACCACAGCCUCUGGUUCAUUCAAAGCAAACCGCCUCCUCCAGUUCCGGUUCGGUUCGGUUCGGUUCGGUGUGGGCUGCGGUUUUUUUUGUCCGCGCGCCAGGAAACUUACUGGGAGAUCCAUCCAUGGUGUUCAGCUCGGGUUGUAACAAGUGGAGGACAGGAGGCGACCCGACCCAGGUGUAAUGAGAGCGCUGGUCAUGGACAGAUGAUGGACGUGGAGACGUCGUACUCAGACUUCAUCAACUGUGAUCGCACAGGCCGCAGGAACGCAGUGCCCGACAUCACAGGGGAGGGGUCAGUCGAGGCAAGCACGAGUGAACUCACCAAAGACCUGGCAGAGAUGGACCUGAAGGCUGCAG